ACACAAUCGACCUGCACAUCAGUGGUAGAAGAAGUCGAAGUCGCAACACCCGGCUGCUUUAUUUUAUUUGGGAUUGUCGGAUAAAUCUUCUAUAUAUAUUUUUUUUUUUGCAACAAUGGAGGAGACAAAGAAUAAAGAUAAAACCCACCCCGAGAAAACGGACGAGAAGGAUAAACAACCCGCGGGGAAGGAUAAAGAGAAGAAAGAGGAGCAGGAGCUGUCAGAGGAGGACAAGCAGCUGCAGGAGGAGCUGGAACUGAUGGUGGAGAGACUGAGUGAGAAGGACACGUCUCUCCAUCGCCCUGCACUGGAGGAGCUGCGUCGGCAGAUUCGUUCCUCCACCACGUCCAUGACCUCGGUGCCCAAACCGCUCAAGUUCCUGCGGCCGCACUACGGCAAGCUCAAAGAGAUCUACGAGGGCAUGGCACCUGGCGAGAACAAGCAUUUCUGCGCUGACGUGGUGUCGGUCCUGGCCAUGACGAUGAGCGGUGAGAGAGAGUGUCUGAAAUACCGCCUGCUCGGCACGCAGGAGGAACUCGCAUCCUGGGGCCACGAAUACGUCAGGCACCUGGCGGGCGAGGUAGCUAAAGAGUGGCAGGAGCUGGAGGAAGGAGACAAGGCGCAGCAGGAGACGCUGUUGAAGCUGGUGAAGGAGAUCGUUCCCUACAACAUGGCGCACAACGCCGAGCACGAGGCCUGCGACCUGCUCAUGGAGAUCGAGCGGCUCGACAUGCUCGACACGUACAUCGACGAGAACGCCUACGCCAAGGUCUGCCUGUACCUCACCAGCUGUGUGAGCUACGUUCCCGAGCCGGAGAACUCGGCCCUGCUCAAGUGUGCGCUCAACAUUUUCCGCAAGUUCAACCGUUACCCAGAAGCCCUCAGGCUGGCGCUGAUGCUCAACGACGUUGAGCUGGUGGAGAACAUCUUCACCUCCUGCAAGGAUAUUGUGGUUCAGAAGGAGAUGGCGUUCAUGCUGGGUCGACACGGCAUGUUCCUGGAGCUGAACGAGGACGUGGAGGACUACGAGGACCUGACGGAGAUCAUGUCCAACGUGCAGCUCAACAGCAACUUCCUCGCCCUCGCACGUGAGCUGGACAUCAUGGAGCCCAAAGUGCCAGAUGACAUUUACAAAACCCACCUGGAGAACAACAGAUUCUGUGGCAGCGGCUCUCAGGUGGACUCCGCCCGUAUGAACCUCGCCUCCUCGUUCGUAAACGGCUUCGUUAACGCAGCGUUCGGACAGGACAAACUGCUCACUGAGGACGGCAACAAGUGGCUGUACAAGAACAAGGACCACGGAAUGCUGAGUGCUGCUGCGUCUCUGGGUAUGAUCCUGUUGUGGGACGUGGACGGCGGUCUCACUCAGAUUGACAAGUAUCUCUACUCCUCAGAGGACUACAUAAAGUCCGGGGCUUUGCUGGCUUGCGGUAUCGUGAACUCCGGAGUUCGUAAUGAGUGUGACCCUGCUCUUGCCCUCCUCUCUGACUACGUCCUACACAACAGCAACGUCAUGAGGAUAGGAGCCAUCUUUGGGCUGGGUCUGGCCUAUGCAGGAUCUAACAGAGAAGACGUCUUGUCGCUGCUCCUGCCGGUCAUGGGAGACUCAAAGUCCAGCAUGGAGGUGGCAGGUGUGACCGCUCUGGCGUGCGGUAUGAUUGCUGUGGGCUCGUGUAAUGGUGACGUCACCUCCACCAUCCUCCAGACCAUCAUGGAGAAGAGCGAGCAGGAGCUGAAGGACACGUACGCGCGCUGGCUCCCUCUCGGCCUCGGACUUAACCACCUCGGCAAAGGUGAGGCGAUCGAGACCACUCUGGCAGCAUUACAGGUUGUCCCAGAGCCAUUCCGCAGCUUCGCAAACACACUCGUGGACAUCUGCGCAUAUGCAGGCUCGGGGAACGUCCUGAAGGUUCAGCAGCUGUUGCACAUCUGCAGCGAGCACUACGACACCAAGGACAAAGACGAUGACAAGGACAAGAAGGACAAAAAAGAUAAGGAGAAGAAAGAGAGCGCAGCAGACAUGGGCUCACACCAGGGUGUGGCCGUGCUGGGUAUUGCACUCAUCGCCAUGGGAGAGGAAAUCGGAUCAGAGAUGGCACUCCGUACAUUUGGUCACCUGUUGCGAUACGGUGAGCCCACCCUGCGCAGAGCGGUGCCGUUAGCGUUAGCACUCAUCUCCGUGUCGAACCCCAGACUCAACAUCCUGGACACACUCAGCAAGUUCUCUCACGACGCUGACCCCGAGGUCUCGCACAACUCCAUCUUCGCCAUGGGCAUGGUGGGCAGCGGUACCAACAACGCUCGUCUAGCAGCCAUGCUCCGUCAGCUGGCCCAGUACCAUGCCAAGGACCCCAACAACCUGUUCAUGGUCCGACUGGCUCAGGGACUGACACAUCUGGGUAAAGGGACGCUGACGUUGUGUCCGUACCACAGCGACAGACAGCUCAUGAGUCAGGUGGCGGUGGCCGGACUCCUCACGGUCCUAGUGUCCUUCCUGGAUGUGAAAAACAUCAUUCUGGGGAAGUCUCACUACGUCCUGUACGGCCUGGUAGCAGCGAUGCAGCCUCGUAUGCUCGUCACAUUCGACGAGGAGCUCCGGCCUCUACCUGUGUCCGUCCGUGUGGGACAGGCUGUGGAUGUGGUGGGACAGGCAGGCAAACCUAAAGCCAUCACAGGUUUUCAGACACACACCACGCCGGUGCUGCUGGCGCACGGAGAGAGGGCCGAGCUGGCGACAGAGGAGUACAUCCCGGUCACGCCCAUCCUGGAGGGCUUCGUCAUCCUGCGCAAAAACCCCAACUAUGAUGCCUAAACACACACACGCAAACACACACACACACACACCCACAUACACACACAAACACACACAGAGCGUUACUCACACACUCAUACCCGGGACCUCAACUACACCUUGUUCUGAUCCAUGAUCAGUCACAGCAGCACAGGUUUCCUUCUCCUUCUGUUUUUCUUCCUUGUUUGUUAGGUUUUUUAAAAAAAAUAUAUCAUAACAAACAUGUUUAUUUAGCCCCGGUUAAUUAUUUUUCCCCAUUUUGUUGGUUUUGUUAUGUUUUACUGUUAUGAUGUGAAAAAUAAAUGAAAUAAUGUGGUCAGUAAA